AUGGCCGCGAUCGGGAAGUCAUUCGCAUUCCACCCGACGAUCUUCUGGGCAUUACUCAUGCCGCACGCCGUCCAGGUCCCAGUCCCGGUCCCGCAAUCGGAACAACCCGGCCGUCGAGACACUUGUCGACAGGCCUUCCGUGGCAGGAGGUCAUCGUGGCGCGCGAGUCUCCAGUGCGUCGGCCCGAACCGGUUUUCAUCGUGCGAGAACCGCGAAGAGGGAGAGGUCGAGACCGAGGGAUACGGGCUGAACGAUUCGUGGAGAGAGGGAGACCUCUUGAUCGGGAUGGAGGUUGGGGAUGGGGUUGGGGUCCUCGUCUGGGUCAAGGUCAAGGUCAACAUCAGAGGCGGAACGGAAAUGAAGGAAGAAGAGUCUGGUUCGAUCCCCAGCCUCAUUGGAUCGAGGAGAGGAGACCUCGGAAUCUUCACCAUCUUCACCCUCACCCUUACCCUCACCCUUACCCUCAGCGCGGCCGAUGGGGCGAGGGAGGGGAAAACGAGCACAGAGGCGGACCUGGACCUGGCGGGGCGAGGAUCAUCGAGCGAGAACCCGUCUUUCGAUGAAUUGGUCUGA